GAAGGAACAGCUGUUCGAAAACUAGAAAGCACCAGACAAAAUGUGUCUAAACUUGAAGCACACAUCAUGAGACUGGAGCAAAAACUAGACGAGAAAGACCAAACUCUUUAUCAUACGAAAAUGGAGGGCAGAAACAAGGAAAAGUUCCUAAAGCGGACGAUUCAGGAGCUAAGGCGUCAGUACAGCGGAUCUUUACCUUUGAUGAAGCAAGAACGGUUUGCGAACACCAUGAGAGGUUUACAAGAGGAUAAAAGGAAGUUAGAGCAAGAGUUGAGUCAAGCCAAAACGAGGCGUGAAGCGGCUGAGGACAAACUCGCUGAAUUAGAGCUUAAACAAUCCAGUCUUGAGGAGUUGAUUGCGACCCUUAAGGAUCAUAAAGGCGCGACUAAAGUUACUGAAUGGCACACGAAAAUGAAUGARAUACGGCUGCAGGAUCUUAAGUUGAAUCGUACCUUAGACAGAUUUAAAGAACAGAAUARAUAUCUAGAAAAUAUUAUUAAAUCUCAUGAAAGAACUAUUUCAGACUAUGAAGAAGAGAUCGUGCAAAUGAGCAAACAUCACGAGGAAAGGCAGUUGUUAUGGGAACAAAGAGAGGUUGAGUUGGAGAGAUCGCUUGAUCGGUUAGAGAAACAGCAGAAAGAUGUCUURGAGGCCGCCACACGGUUUGAAGAGGCAACAGGAUCGAUUCCUGAUCAUAAUUUACCUGUAGCCAAUCAACUGGAGCUGGCUGUGAGGAAAAUAAGAGAGCAUAUUAAGAUUAUUAUUGGAACUAAGUAUGAAAACCAAAAGUUAUUAAAGAAAAACGAAGAAGCGGAGCAAGCACGAAAACAAGCAGAGGAAAARCUAGUCCAAAAAGAUAAAGUGAUCAAUGAAUUGCGUCUACGUCUUCCAGUCUCUGAGAGAGACGCCAUCACCACAGCAGCACAGAAGUCAGCUGUCAYGCCCGAUGAUUACGAGUCCAAACAAGCUUUAAAGGUUGCGCAAGCAACGGUUUCCAGCCUACAGCAAAUGCUGUCUCGCAAGGAGCAGUCGUUGAUCAAAUACCAGGAAAUGUUGAAAGAUGCCAGAGACGAGGCCAGGAAACAAGCUGAACAACAUAAGGCUGAGAUCAAACUCCUGCAAGACAGGCUGCAUCUAGAGUCUGAUGAAGUCUUCAAGAAAAUGAAAUUAUCACAUCAGGAAUCUGUCAAUUCCCCUGGAAGAUUGAUAGCCACUGAAGAUCAACUUGCACGGCUGGGAGAGUUGGAAGAGACGGUAGCAGAACAAGACAACGCCUUGGCCAUUGCUGCUGAGAAGUUUAAGAGAUCCCGUGAAGAGAAUGUUAGGUUGAGARCAGAACACGAGGAUAACGUGAAGAAAAUCAACAAAGAAUUCAGAAGUAAACGAGAAAAAUAUGAAAAACAGAURAAAGAGCUCCAGGAUGAGAAUCAAAUGAAAGAGAAUCAAAUCAUCGAACGAAACAAGGAGAUUGAAGUCUUAAAAGAAGAACUCGAGGCAGCUAAAGAAGCCAACGAACGAGCUCCUACUCGUACCAUGAAACAACUGGUUGAACGAUUAAGGAACCAGCUGGCACUCAAAGAAAAACAGCAGAAGUCUUUAAGCCAAGCUUUGCUUCAGCUCAGAGCGGACAUGGUUACAGCYGCUGAAGAAAACGUACAGGUCCAUGCGAAUCGAGCGGAACAGGAAGUGAACGUGCAGCAGUUAGUGGACAAAGAGACUUCCGGUCUGCAGGGGCGGAUAGAAGAGUUGCAAGAAAGAAUGGAAAAACUGAAACGAGAAUUGAAAAAGCAGAAAGAGAAAGAAGCGUCCCUUGAACAAGAAAAAGAUAAGCUUAAACAGGAGUCUUCUAAGAAAGAUUCUGCGCUAAUCAAACUUGGUGCUGAAUUGAAGGAGUUGGAAAAGAUCGAGGAAAGACUGGAAAGCAGAGAAGAAGAACUGGCCGAAGAAAAGAGAAAAGUCGUACGUGCUGAAUCUGAAAUAGAAAAGCUACGUAAGAAAAUCCAGUCCUUACAAACCCAGAUAUCAGACGGAGACAUUGUUGCAGUCGAGACAGAAGAGGUAGAGGGAGCAGGUCCACGCACAGCAGACACUCAACAGGAACAAAAGCCAAGCAAAAGUAACGUAGAAAUAGCAAGGUGGGAAGAAGGCAAAAAAUGGCAAAGAAAAGUAGAAAACUUACGUGAGAAACUCAACGAGAAAACCAAGGAAUUAGAAAAAGCUGACAAAACCAAUAGUAUGAUGAGAGAAGCGUUAAAACGAGGUGACAAGGACAAGACUGGUCUACAAAGCAGACUUAAGAGUGCUGCACGAGUAGGAAGCACCCCUGUUGCUCCUCCGUUAGCUGAUGACCUCGUUCAAGAUCUUAAACACAAGAUAUUCACUUUAGAGGAACAGAACCAAGAUUUGAACCGCCAGCUCGUCCUGGGUCGUGACAGACAAAUGGAAGCACUACAGCUUCGUAAUAAUCAACUAAAACAGGCUGUUGAAUCCUUGGAAGAUGAACUGACAAGACGAAUGGAUGACCAGCGUACUAUAGACCAAUCGGACGCGCAGCUGUUCAAGGAAACUCACGAAAAGAGUCAGUCUUUACAGAAACAACUGCUUGAGGCAAAAGAGGAAAAUAUGGAGCUGAGAUUCGAAUACGAGCAGGCAAGGAAAGAAAAUCCUCGUCUGAAGGCUCGUGUUGAUGACCUCCAAGAAUAUGUUGAAAUAUUAAAAGCAGAACUCGAAGCCAGYAAGAAAAGAGAAAAAGCCAGAAAGAAAAAUCUUGGUACUGGUCUUGGGGGACAGAGUGUAGAAGACAUGGAGCGAGUGUUAGCAGCCAUGAGGAGAGUAGUAGAACGACUACAAGGUGAAAAUGAACAACUUAAGAAAGCACUAGGGGCCGGUGGGCCUCAGUACUCUGCAAUGAUGAAGGAAAACCUUAGACUCAAGCAAGAGCUCGAACGUACACGUGUGGCGGCUGCUUCUACUUCUCCUCGUGUCUCCUUGACAACACUGGCUGCUGGGGAUCGUAAAAAUACAACYAAACUAAUGACCGAAAAUGAAAAACUCCGAAAAGACCUUCAAAAGGAAAAGGAAGAAAGUGAAAAACUACGCGUGUCUGUAUCAAAUAUUGAGAGCACUAAGACGGAACUAGUACAAGAACUUGAACAGGCAAAUCAUAGAUUAUCAGGAAAUAAUCUCGAAGGCACGAGCACAAAGGAAUGGAAAUCUGUAGUUUUGCCUAAAGUCUACGAAGAAAAAUUACAAAAACUUCAAGCAGAACUCGAGAAAAAGACGAAUCUUCUAAAAGAUAUCAAAUCGUACCUGAAGGCAGCGGCUCAGAGAGAAACAGAACUCCUCAAGAAACACCAAGAUUACGAAGAGAAGAUCGCUGUGUUGGAAAGAUUCCCUACUAAUGUUAAACUAGACAGUGAUCUCGUGAAAGAACUACAAAAUGCUAGGUUGCGUAUAGCAAGCCUUGAAUCAGAAAGAGAAUCCAUUAUGAAUGACAUGAAGCAACUACGGCGCAUGAGCCAAGCAGGAGAGUUACCCAGUGAUAUGGAUCAAGACGAAAUCUUGGAUAAAGUAAAACAAUACGAUAAGAUACUUGCAGAUGACGUAGAACUCAACACAAAAUUAAAAACCGUGGAACUAGAAAGAGACAGGUUAUCACGCGAAGUCAAGAAGCUGCAAAAAGAACUUGAGGCGUUUGACCCGGCAUUCUUUGAAGAGAUCGAGGAUCUUAAAUACAACUACAAAAGAGCAGUGGAGAGAAACGUGCUUUUGUUCUUUAGAUAA